CAAGCAGAGACCACCAUCUCACCACCUACCAGUAUAAAAGUUGGAUCCAAGCAAGUGUUUUCCGGGAAUCAAGGAUCCAUCUGUAAGUAAUCGUUUGCUUCCAUUUUUUUCCGGUAACCUCUACCAUGAACGACGAUGAAGAACAAAAAUUAGACAUUCAGGAGCUGAAGCUUGAGCGCGUGAAGGUGAUAUCGGUGCUAGGGCGUGGAGCCAAAGGCGUGGUGUUUCUAGUCAGGGAUAAUGAGACGGGGGAGUUAUGGGCUAUGAAGGCGAUAUCGAGACACUUCGUGGAGGAGAAGAUUCAUGACGGAAGGAGCGAGUAUCGAAGAGUUUGUUUUGAACAGAGAGUUUUGAGCAGUUUUGAUCAUCUGCUUCUGCCGAGACUACACAGAGUUUUGGUUACAGAUAAGAUUGUUGGUUACGCCAUUGAUUAUUGUCCAGGGCGUGAUCUCAAUUACUUGAGGAAGAAACAGAGCGAGAAAAUGUUUGCCGACGACCUUAUAAGAUUUUACGCGGCUGAAAUGGUUCUUGCGUUGGAGUAUCUGCACAAUCAAGGGAUCGUUUACAGAGACUUGAAGCCGGAGAAUAUUAUGAUUCAAGAGAACGGACAUAUAAUGCUUGUUGAUUUCGAUCUAUCCACCAAACUUUCUUCCAAAUCAGGACAAAGCUCUCCGAAUCACAGCUCCGUCAAUACUACACCUGACUCACCGAGACAAAAACAUUUAUCCGUCCACUGCAACUCGGUCAUCUCGCCCGGUGACUCAACCUCUUGCUCCGGACGCAGUUCCAAUUACUCAGCGAGGGCAGACUGGGACCUGGCGGAGAAAUCAAACUCAUUCGUCGGAACAGAAGAGUACGUAGCUCCGGAGAUCAUAUUAGGCAACGGUCACGAUUUCGCCGUCGAUUGGUGGUCGCUAGGAGUCGUAUUAUACGAAAUGCUGUACGGAACGACACCGUUCAGGGGUUCCAAUAGGAACGACACGUUCUCAAGGAUCUUGAAGAAACAGCCGGACCUAGUCGGUGAAGCGACGCCGUUGAGAGACUUGAUACGGAAGUUACUGGAAAAAGACCCGAAGCAGAGAAUAGGACUGGAUAGAAUCAAGGGUCACGAUUUCUUCAGAAGAGUUGAUUGGGAUAGGGUGGUGGAGAUCUCCAGACCACCUUACAUUCCUCUGGACGACGAAGUAGAAGAACAGGGUGGGGAUACAGACGGAAUUCACCAAAUAGAUGUGGAGUUAUUUGUCCAAGGCUUGUUCGCGGGUGACGUGGUUGAAAAUAUCAAGGUUAAUGACAAAAUUACUGAUAAUCACGAAACAGAGACAUUUUUGGUUUUCUAACUUAACUUAUUCAUUUUUUUCUUCUAUGUAUAAUUUGGUAAAAUAUGUUGGAUUAGGCAAAACUUGUCUGGGAAUAGGGUUGAUAUGUUGAAUAUUAUUACCAAGAUUACAAUAGAAAAAUCUUUGAUUUAAUUUGUUCUUU